AUGUUUGCACAGCACAGUGUGCCGAUGGUGCAUCCUCGUCUGCCAAUGCAGCGUACUCACUUACGUGCUCGUACGGAGAGACGAACACGUACCCCGUGCAUGCAUGGCGAACGGGUACAUGUACGCCUGCGUGGGCAUCACCUUCGUACCGACGGCGUGCUCGUGCCUGCUGCGGUGCUGCCAAAGGCCGGCGGGCUGUGGAACAGGCCUGCACUUGAGGAGGAGCGGAGCCGCGCUCUCCCUGCCCGAGUGCCCACACAACUCGCCGCCAGCUGCAGGCAUUACUUUUUCUUCGCUGCUCUGCUCAUCCUGCGUCCCCAUCCAUCCAUCCAUCCAUCCCUUCGCUCACCCGCAGGCGAGGAGCAUCAGCAUCGGCAAUUUUCCUGCCUCUCGCUCGCUGACCUGCCGGCCAUCCUCGUCCUCUCUUUUUCGAGCUCGCCACUAAUACCCUUCGUCCACGAGCACGCCAUCGGCAAACGGCUCGGCCGCCCCUCGUUGACCUGUCGAGCGGGCAAUUCCAGUGCUCAAUUCCAGCCCUGCGCCGCGCCGCCCUUGUUGACUCCAGCCGCCGUGUGGUGCUGGCAUUCCUGUCGGCCGCCUUCACUGUACGCGUGCUCCCUCGAUGACGGCACAGGUGCACUUUCGAGAGCAGACGCCCUAGGACGUGACUCGAUCCUGAGCCAGCUUCGAUAUCAACGUCGCGUCCCCGUCCGGCCGAGUCACCGCGACCCGUCGCCACCGCCGACGACGCCCUGCAAACCCUGCACCCUGCUGCUUAAAUCGUUACGCUCGCUCAGGGAGGAGAUUGGGAUAAUCUGCGUUAGGAUCCGACCUUUGAACCUUCACUACCUACCGCCUCGUCGUCGACGUCGAUGCUUGGCUGCCGAAUCCGCCUCGUCGGUCGCGCCUGAUUCACGCCCGCAUGCUCGGUACAGCAAGCACAUCUUGACCUUUGUUGCGAACGACGCCGUCGUCCGGUCCCCAUCGUCCGGUCCCCAUCGUCCGGUCCCCAUCGUCUGGUCCCAUCGUUCGAAUUGGCUCCUGCUUGUCAUCGGCACAACCGGCAGGUCACACACUCUUUCGCUCCUUUCUUCCAUCAAGUUCUCGGCAGCCUAUAGUCUUGCCUUGGCGCGCUGCAUCGGCAUCAGCCUGCGUUCUAGUUCGUCUCUCAUCCUUUGGAGACCUGCGAGGCAAUGGCCGAGCGCGUCAAACUCCCGGCCUCGACACCAACGCAAACGCAAACGCAAACGUAAGCCGCAGCUCGCCGUCGGAUGCCCCGGCGGUAACUGCCAUCGCUCGCUACCGCCCAUCGCCUACCUCGUCCGGGUCACCCGCCAAGUGCCGGGCACCCUGCCACCCUGCCGAUCCGCCAUGGCCGUCAUGCCGCCGGCUGAAAUCGACACCGUCGGCCGCCACCGCGGCGUGCAGAAUCGCCAAUGCGCUCUCUACGCCUCGCGCAUCAAGCCCACCGUCACCCCUCUCGUCCUCGACAGCUCCGACGCGGCACGGUCGCCUGUCCUCCCCGUCUCGCCACGAUGGGACUCCCUUUCGCAUGGCCCGUUCCUGAAGAACCGCAGCCCGACGUCGACCGGGCGGGCCUCGCCCUUCGAUGCUCGACCGGAGCCGCAAGGGCAGCAAGGGCUGCCGGCCCAGACGCAAACCCAAGUGCAGGCUCCGACGUGGGCUGGAACCGAAGCCGUGCCGCGCGAGUCCCUGAGCGGACAUUCGACCCCGGAGAGACGCUCGCCGUCGGUGCCUCUGUCGGCGAAGUCGUCGAUGGCCGAGAUGCGCUCGCUCGACGGUGUCGCCAUGGAAAACUUUUCGAGACCGAGGAAGCAGAGCAUUCGGCAGCCGCUGCUUACGAGCUCGCCGGAGCCGAUUGUUCCGGAGACGGUCAACGCGCAUCGCCUGCCACCGCGACCCACGGACCUUUUGGAAUUCGCACCCCAGACACCGCCGCCCUGGCAGAGACGCAGGCGCCCCUCCGCUUCAUCCUCCCAAUCUGCCUCUGCAUUUCCCUCCCCGCUGGCUCCUCCCACUGGCGAAGCUGCAGAGCCGAGAAGUCGCCGUACUCGUAACGCCACUGGCCCGCCAAUCGUUGCCGGUGGAGCUCCGUCGCCAACCGUGGCGAACUUAAUGGACAGCGCCGCCCCCGUACCCGGUGGGGCCCCAGCACCCUGGCUGAACGGGGACGAGCUGCGCUCCAGUUUCAGAUCCCAACUCACGGCCUCGACAACCCCUGGCACCGCCGUUACAGAGCGCUGCAGCAGCCUCCUGACCAAGAACAGUUCCGUCACCUCGCUCUACGCCGCCAAUCCCGACGAGCCCAGCUUGGAAGAUGUUAUGGGCAUGUACGAAAAAGGCUUUGCCGACGACGACGACGAAGACGACGACGACGACGACAACCGCAACUACAACAGCAACAACAGCAACAACCACGACGGGAUCAACCACGACGGCACCGUCGGCGGCAAGAGGAACGACGACGACGACGACGAGGAAAACGACGACGACGACAAAGACUAUCGCGGCGGCGAAGCUCACCACGACGAUACCCGACGCACGAUUGACGCCGACGACGACGACGGCGACACCCACUUUGACUCCCCAUCUGCCACGGCCAUGUCGGAGCGACCUGGGCUCGAGGGCAAGGCCUUGUCGGACGACUUCGGACCGGCCCUGCCGACCGCUCGGUCCACGCUGGACGCCGAGAUCAGGCAGUCCAGGAUGAUCUUCACGAGCGCCGCCUUCACCUCCACCGUCCACGCCAUUUCCGGCAGCGCCGACUCGAAGCAGCCGAACGCGGCCGACAAUCGAGAUUCGGCCAAGUCGUUCUACUCGCAGCCAUCCGUCGUCUCGGUCUCGGUCCCGGGCCUCGUCCACGCCGGCACGGGCGUCGACGGCAUGCCGACGGCGCCUUCUCCCGCCUCGGCGUCGCCAAGCCCCUGCCCGUCGCCGUUGGACACGCCCCUGCGGCCCCCUGUGCCGAUCGAUCUCGAGGACCCCGGCUCUCGCGAUCGGUACGGCUUCAAGAAGCAGAGCCCCCACGUCAGCCGUGAAAAGUACGACCUGUGGGACAAGGGGUACUCGCAGUACCUGGCCCGGAGGCGAAAGAAGUGGGUGACGUACAUGAAGGACUGCGCCUUGAUGACGGACCGGCCCAUACGCUUCCCGGCGCCCAACGCCAAGACGAAGAGGUUCGUCCGCAAAGGCAUCCCUCCCGACUGGCGGGGCGCCGCCUGGUUCUACUACGCCGGCGGCCCGGCCAUCCUGGCCAAGCACUCGGGCCUCUACGACAAGCUCGUGCUGAAGCAGGCCAAGCAGGUCGACGUCGAGGCCAUCGAACGAGACCUGCACCGUACCUUUCCCGACAACAUUCAGUUCAAGCCCUCGGCCCGGUACGGCGGUCCCUCGGUCGACCGGGGUAGCCAGUUCACCGCCACCGGCUCGACCUCGAGCGACGACGACGGCUCCUUCGGGCCGCCGGGCGAGGCGGAUGAGCCGGUCAUCAUCUCGUCGCUGCGUCGGGUCCUGCACGCCUUCGCUGUCUACAACCCUCGGAUCGGCUACUGCCAGAGCCUCAACUUCCUCGCCGGCCUCCUCCUCCUCUUCGUCGAGACGGAGGAGCAGUGCUUCUGGCUGCUCAACGUCAUCACCAUCAUCUACUUGCCCGGCACCCAUGACAUGAGCCUCGAAGGCUCCCGGGUCGACCUCGGCGUCCUCAUGACGGAGCUGCGCGACACGAUGCCCGCCGUCUGGGACAAGAUCGGCGGCGAGCUCGAGGGCAACCCAGACUCUUCCCGUCCGGGGACGAGCAAGUCGAUCCGGAAGCCACUGCCGAAGAUGCGCCGCCGGGACCUGCCGCGGCUGUCGACGGAGCGGCUACCUCCCAUCACGAUGUGCAUGACGGCCUGGUUCAUGAGCUGCUUCAUCGGCACGCUGCCGAUCGAGACGACGCUCCGCGUCUGGGACGUCUUCUUCUACGAAGGCUCCAAGACGCUCUUCCGCAUCGCCCUGGCCAUCUUCAAGACGGGCGAGGCCGAGAUCAAGGCGGUAUCGGACCCGAUGGAGAUGUUCGGCGUCGUGCAGUCGAUGCCGAGGCGCAUGGUGGACGCGAACCAGCUCAUGGCCGCCUGCUUCAAGCGACGGAACGGAUUCGGCCACCUCAGCCAGGUGACCAUCGACGAGCGUCGGCAGGCGCGCCGCGAGAGGGCGCACCAGGACAAGGCCGAGAAGCUGUCGGGCGACGGGAGGACCGAGGGCACGUCCGAGGUGGAGACGGAGCCCGUCCAACGGAGGGGCACCCUGUUCAGCAAGCGGAGGGGCCUGUCGAGGAGCCGAACCGUCAACGCCUGA